AUGAGUGUGUUCCGCGGGCUCGCGGAAAGGGGAGGGACGCGGAUGCUCGGGCGCGCCAGGCGGGGGAGGAGGGCAGUCGGCAGCUGGGUGCGGGAGACAGCAGACGUGUCUGCGGCAUCGCUCCAAGACGGGGAGAUAGGAGACAACAUGAACGACUUCCAAGAGGUGUAUGAGUCCUGGGCCGACGCGGGCUUUCCAGAGCUGGGUUCACACAGCAACAGCCCUGGGGACCAAACGACCACGAAAGCCAAGUGGCCACACUGGGUGGACGCCGACAUGUUGUUCACCAUACCUCUGCUGGAAAUGACAAAACUUCCUAUGCCGCUGCAACAGACGCUACCACACCAGACGCCGCCGCAACAGACGCCACCACACCAGACGCCGCCGCAACCGACGCCGCCGCAACAGACGCCACCACACCAGGCGCCGCCGCAACCGAUGCCACCACUCCAGAUGCCGCCACCGACGCUGCCCCCGGAAGUUUACCCAUCCACCACUCCUUGGGGCCAGACGACCAUGAAAGCCGAGUGGUCCUACUGUGCGGAUGCUGACACAUUGCUCACAAUGUCACUGCUUGAGACGAAAACACUCCCGAUGCCGCUGCAACCGACGCCACCUUUACAGACGCCACCUCCGACGUCGACGCCUCCAGCUGACCAGUGUAUUGCUGGUGCAAUGCCGUGCAGCAUCGUCAGCAGGACAACGCACUUCAAGACUGCUGAUGUAACACCAUUGCACAUAGCAGCCGAGAUGCCGCUCAACACGCCGCCCCCGAUGCCGCCCCCGACGCCGCCACCACCGUCUGCCGAGAACGCUACUGGUGCGGCGCCGCGUCUCAACUGGGCAACAUUGUCGCACUUCCCAGCCGGCCAACCGGCCGCCGAAGCAGUUGCACACCAUGCAAUGACCAUUAAGCCGCUCCCGACGCCGACGCCACCGCCUGCCAAGAACGCUACUGGUGCGGUGCUGCAUCUCAACUAG